AUGACUGUCCUCGGUGGCCUUAACAUGCAGCACAAUGGACAUCAUAUUCUAGUUGAAGACCGAACGGAUGCCCUGCUCAACAAACAUUUGCCUACGAUGCGACGCCGCUUCACAUUACUCAUUGCUUUCUUCUCAAGCAUCAGCAUACUCACGCAACUCGCCGUAUGCCCCCACAGCACAAAUCAGAAUCCGUGUAAUAGAGGCGAAAAAAUAAUAAGGCUUGUCACUCAGCCAAUAGUGGAAAAUGAAACAACUGCUGAUUUUUCUCAUUUUGAAGUAGAUGAAGAAAAUAUAACUUCAAACUGCAGUAGUCCAGCUCCAUCAUUAACCGAGUUGCAGGUUGUAAAUCCUUGGAUUAUCGAACUCAUUGAUGAUGACAAUCCAGAGAUGCCGACCAAAUACAACAACGAUGAUACAGGAAGCUGAUUCUGAGAUCCAGAUGAAAAAAUUGAGGACUUGUUGGAUGCGCCGUUUUAUAUUGAUAACAGUCAAUAUGAAAUGGCCAUCAAUGCUGAAUAUUAUGUAGAUUACUCAGAUAAGCUCAAA